AUGGUUCACACACGUGCCAAGUCCGUGGACCUUACUGGCAUGGUCCGUGCCCCGAUCAGAAGUAUGAAUCGUGAUCAAGUUGAUGGCCCUAGCGAAGAGCGACCUCUGCAGCCUACGGGUUUGCCUGGUGACCAAGAAGAUGCUGAGCAAACUAGGGCUAAUCCUCAGAAAACAGCCGAUGGGGAUGGUGGGGACGCAGAGCUCUCGCUGAUUUCCCUCUACAUGCACGAGGACCAGGCAGACAGUGAGAUUGAUUUUUGGACUUCAUCCUCAACCGGCAACCUCCGUCGCUCAGCUUCCUGCCCUCUUCUCGAUUCUCCCCCUCGUCCUCUCUCCCCCACCUCUCUUCGUGAAUUCCACAAUUUGAAAUUCCUCGUUCGCCUGAGAAGAAUCAACCGUCAGGUUCGCGCUACCCACACUUCAUAUCUUGUCACCUACCACCUCUGCCGUUUACCCUCAACCUUCGAAAUUCAUCACGACACCCCCUCCAUAAGACCAGAGUCUAUCCCCUUUGAUACACCGUUCAACAUGUAUCACUUCCCGACGAACCCUGCACUCUACGCCCAGUACCACCAGCACAUGGCGGAUUACCACUCCCGUCCGCUUCAACGGCUGCUGGAUCCAAGUGAGUGCCCGAUUGGCAGCGAGGCUGAUCUCCGUGCUCGCCCUUACAACGCGGUUGUUCUCAUCGAGAACAUUCCUUACACGGUCACCCGGCAGGAGGUGGUUCAGUUCUUUGGGCGUGAUGCCAACCUCGCUCCGGGCUGGCCUGUCCAUAUCAUCAUGGAGCGGUCCACUGGCAAGACCAUGGCCUGCUAUGUGGAGUUUGCCCACCCUGUCGAUGCUCAGCGAGCUGUGGACCGCAUCAAGCAAAAGCACGACUCUAACCAGGGUCCCCGGAUGGGCAAUCGUUAUGUUGAUGUCGUGGUCAGCAGUCAAAAUGCCCUCAUGAAGGCUUUGUUCCCCCGAGCCAACUGCAUUGACUGGGUGAGCGGUCGUCCCGUGCAAGUUCCCCCGCCUGCAGACGACGAGGGUGCACCUGGAUUUACUGGAUUUUUGACCGCUGAAGAGCUGUUCUGUGUGGCCCGCCAUGCUCGCGAGCCGAAUCGAAGUGCCUAUGCGACCAAGGUUCCCCAGCGCACCUAUGAGUCGAUUAUCAGCACCGUCUGGAAGUUCCCGUGGUACGUGAAGCACAUGUACACCGUCCACGCUCGCAACAAGCUCUUCUACACCCUGAAGAGCAUGAUCGAGGUCCUCGUGGAGCGUCUGGAGGCCACGCAGACGAUGGGACUGGAUGGUCGCCUGGUGACCGAGCUGCUUCGUGCCGGUCUUGAAUGCCCUGCAUUCAACCCCCGCAUGAAGUUCGUGCUUGCAGAGGCCAGCGAAGACCAGGGGAUUCUUCGCCGGAUGCACAUGCAGUGGCUGCAAUUGUUCCCCUUCGACACUCUGACGUGGUUGCCACCCAACAACCCCAUCAAGUUGGAGUUUUACGCAGGGCUCAUUGCAAGGGGCCAGCCCGACAGAAUCCCAGAGGGGAUGAAGCGUCUCUGCUUUGAGGACGAUGUCCCAAAGCUCUUCGGCAACUUCUGGUUCGAGUGGCUCAGCGAACCAGCUGCCAACAAGCUGUUCUCUGUGGCCGCCGCUGAGGAGAAGCAGCUCCUGCGAAGCCUGCUCACCUCUGGUUUUGCUGCCGUGCAUGGCACGACCCCGGGGCCCUCCAACCCCCCCUGCUGGUCCGACCUGGACCCCUUCCUGGCCUUCGGCCCGCGCCCCCGCCCCGGCGACCCCUACUCCCGCCCCGCCUCGCGGCCCUCCCCCUGCGUCUGGCACUGGCCCUCGCCGUCCCCCGGGUCCUCCCGGUACUCUUCCCUCCCGUGGCCCUUACGGCCCUGGCAACUGGCGUGGUGGCUCCUCCUCUGGAGGUGGCCGCCGCGCGCAGUAGGGCCUCCCACGGGGAGAAGGAGACCAGGGAUGCUUCGGCAUCACCUGAGUCUCAUGAUCAACGAGAAAGAUCCUAUCCUUUGGGAUCUCGUGGAAGAUGAUCUAGCGGCCGAUAUGGCGAUGAUGUGA